CGGACGGGCUGCAGCCUCUCAGAAAGUGGGAAGUUUUCGCCAAAGGAUUCUGUCUAAAACUCAUCACCUUCAUGUCGACUCUGUUGGAUACUAACCCGCCGAUGCUAUGGUUACCUUUAUUACGAUCUUACAGGUGAAUCUAGUGAUGUCCAUCCUGCUGUACGUGAUGGUCCUCGCGUACCUCUAUGGUAUCCAGGCAACCAACAUGGGCAGCGGUAACCAGGGGCAACAGCAGCAGCAGCAGCAGCCGAGCCCCGACCCGCUGAACUCGCUGAUCAUCCAGCUGCUUCAGGCCGACCUGACCCGAGGGAAGAGCCGGGGGAGCCAGCAGGGCAAGAGCCGGGACGGCGAGCCCCAGGACGCGCUGCCUCCCCUGGGCGUGUCCGGCGUGAGCCUCGCCUUAGAGGAGCAGGGGGAGGCGGAGCAGCACGGGACCACUGCUGGUGGCGGCGGCGGCAGCGCGGUUUCCCAGCCGGUGACCCCGCUGAACUCAGACCUGCUCAGGCAGCACAAGCGGUACAACUCGCCCCGGGUGCUGCUGAGCGACCGGCCGCCGCUGCAGCCGCCGCCGCUGUACCUCAUGGACGACUUCGUGGGCGGAGGCGGGGAGGGGAACAAGACGCGGAAGAAGCGCUACGCCGAGCACAAGAGCUACCGUGGGGAGUACUCGGUGUGCGACGGAGAGAGCCGCUGGGUGACCGGGAAAACCCAGGCGGUGGACAUCCGGGGAAUGCAGGUCACCGUCCUGAACAAAAUCAAAACCAGCUCCACGCAGGACAUUAACCAGUACUUUUACGAGACGAGCUGCCGCGUCGCCAAGCCCGUGAAGGGCGGCUGCAGGGGCAUCGACGACAAGCACUGGAACUCGCAGUGCAAGACGUCGCAGACGUACGUGCGCGCGCUGACGCAGUACCGCACCUCGGUGGGCUGGCGGUGGAUACGCAUCGACACGUCCUGCGUGUGCGCGCUGUCCAGGAAACACCGUAGGACGUAAACUAAACCAGUGAACCCUGACCUCCAGCUUUUCCCGGGACUUCUGUUUCCUGUUUGGGAUUCUACUUCCUGUAGAGGAUUUUAUGUUCCUUGCCGCAGCACGGGAUUAUGUGACGCGUUGGCAGCGGCGGCAGCGGAUUGGUGUUUCCGCUCUAAAAUACGAGAACUUCCUGUGAGGAGAUCGAACCUGGGUCCAUUUAUCUGACAUUUCACACUGUUGUGCUGCAAACUGACAUGUUGAUUUUGGAUGAAACUU